AACAGAAUUAUUUUUCAAAAGGAACUCAUGAAACAGGACUGGACACAUAUAAAGAGGAGAGACAUCAUCCUGAAGAGGGAGUUGGGCGAGGGAGCGUUCGGUAAAGUCUUCUUGGCAGAGUGUUACAACCUCAGCCCCACCAAGGACAAGAUGCUGGUGGCUGUGAAGACUCUCAAAGAUCCCAACUUGUCUGCCAGGAAGGACUUCCAGAGGGAGGCGGAGCUGCUCACCAACCUGCAGCAUGACCACAUUGUUAAAUUCUAUGGAGUGUGUGUAGACGGAGACCCUCUUAUUAUGGUGUUCGAAUACAUGAAGCAUGGAGACCUCAACAAAUUCCUCAGAGCCCACGGCCCUGAUGCCAUGAUCCUGGUAGACGGCCAGCCGCUGCAGUCCAACGGAGAGCUUGGACUUUCCCAGAUGCUGCACAUCGCCACCCAGAUUGCCUCAGGCAUGGUCUACCUGGCCUCCCAGCACUUUGUGCACAGAGAUCUGGCAACCCGGAAUUGCCUGGUUGGCAACGGCCUCCUGGUCAAGAUUGGAGACUUUGGCAUGUCCAGGGACAUCUACAGCAGUGACUACUACAGGGUCGGAGGUCAUACUAUGCUACCUAUCCGCUGGAUGCCUCCAGAGAGCAUCAUGUAUAGGAAGUUCUCCACGGAAAGUGACGUCUGGAGCUUUGGAGUCAUCUUGUGGGAGAUCUUUACCUAUGGGAAGCAGCCUUGGUUUCAGCUGGGUAACAAUGAGGUUAUUGAGUGCAUAACCCAGGGUCGGGUUCUGGAGAGGCCACGGAUUUGUCCUAAAGAGGUGUAUGACAUCAUGCUGGGCUGCUGGCAGAGGGAACCGCAGCAGCGACUGAACAUUAAGGACAUUCAGAAGGUCCUGUUCGCCAUGGGAAAAGCCACGCCGGUCUACCUGGACAUCCUGGGCUAG